CUUUUGACUUUAUCACUUUAAGCACCCUAUUCUCUGUAAAAUAGGCACUGUAUGUGUUGCUGGGGCUGCCGAGGGUGGGUAGCCAAUGCAGGCAGGAUGUAUUGAGCAAACUACGAUUGAGCUGAGGCCUACAGGUGCACGGCUUCAAAGCUUGAGCUCGGUCAAGGAUCGGCUGAAGCAGGUGUGUCUGUAUUGCCAGCAGGUGUGUCUGUAUCGCCAGCAGGUGUGUCAUGGUAGAGGGACCAGGAUGCAAGCUGAAGGGGGAGAACUUGAGGAGGAGGGCGAGAGGCCAGAAGGUUGAGGCUGUUAGUGGCACUGCUGUUGAGAAGAGAGUUAAAGCAGCAGUCAAUGGCAGUUCUCCCUUUGAUGUUCUUGUUGGAAUGAAGUUGAUGGAUGUUAAUACACUUGGGAAGGAACUUUUUGCACAUUUUGAAGAUGAUGCUUGUCUGCGUGUACACUUCCUCAUGGCAGGGUCUGUCAGAUUCAACAAAGAACCUCACGAAUUUGGUCGCAGCAAAACAGAAAAUCCAGUGCUGGUGCUGAAACUGACUAAGGAUGAGGUGUACUUCCUAGGAACUUCUGUUGAGCUGAGGUCAUCAGCUGAUUGUCUGCAAAAGUAUACAGAAUUGAUCGAUUUGGAUAUUUGCUCACCGACCUUUGACGCUAAGCGAGCCACGCGUACCAUCAUGGAACACUCAGAGCGACUCAUAUGUGAUGUUAUUCUCGACCAGUUGGUGUUGCCGGGUGUUGGGAACAUUAUAAAAAAUGAGGCUCUCUUUAAUGCUGGAAUCAACCCCAACAGCCGCGUGAGUGAGUUGAGUCAGGAGCUCGUUUCUCUGCUUGUGAAGAUGAACAGAGACUUCACCAUGAUCUUCUACAAGUGUCGUAAGGAAGGGAAGAACCUCCACAAGUUUAUGAAUGUGUAUAAGAAGGGGAAGUGUGUGGAAUGUGGUGGUCAACUCAUCAAGUGUAAGAUUGGAGAAUAUGAUAGACUCACCUUCUUCUGUCAAGCCUGUCAGACAAACACCUUGAAAUCCUGUAAAAAGUUUCCCACUAAGAACUCUUUAUUGGGAUGGGUUCUGUCUUCUAAUGAUCAGGUUCCAUGGAUUUGCUCUGUUUGUACAUUAGAAAACAAACCUGCCAACAGUAAGUGUAUGGUCUGCCUCACUGCCAGGACUCCAAGCUUAAGUGACCUUCCUCACCACCUCACUAUCUCUGACCACACCUUGGAGAGUUCACUUGAAUCACCUAACUCCAGCUCACAGUUUUUAGUGCCAUCUACUCCUCCAUCGUCCUCUUCCUCCGCCACACCAAGAAGUAACUUCCCAACACAAGGAGACAAACGUUUAUUAGACACUGUUGAAGAGACCAGCAGAAGUGUGAAGGGGAAGUAUACAUUCAGAAGACUUACUGGAUCCCAAGAAAUAAAGGCCUCACCAGCACCAAGUCACAAGCAAAAUUCAAUGAUUUUUCCCUCUGCAACAAGAUCAGAAAACCAGCUUAGAGUAGAUGUGAUGAAGCUCCCCAAAGUGACACCACCUAACACCAGGCCAGCAGACAACAGUGGCAAGACUCAGGUGUUUUGCUCAGGCCAUAAAGCUGCAGCCAGGAGGUGUCGGGUUGUUAAGGAAAAUGAAAACAGAGGGAGAAUUUUCUACACAUGCAAUAUGCCAAUGAAAACCAAGUGUCAGUUCUUUAUGUGGGGAGACUUGCAUCAUCCAUUGUGUCAUCAUGGUAAGAUUUCUAUCAUUAGGACGGUUCUGAAGCAAACUGAUAACAAUGGCCGAGACUUCUACUGCUGUCCUCUUCCCAAGUCGAAGCAGUGUGACUUCUUUCAGUGGUUGGACAACAAGUAGUAGUACAGUAGUUUUGCCGGAGAUGUUUUUCACACGUAGAAUCAUUAUGUGUGUACAGCAUGUGUAAUUUUUGCUCGUAAAGUCACCCACAAAAGUCCUCUCACAUCUCCUGCUGUUCCUCAAGUCGCAAGAUUCAGACUUGUGAAUCUGAAGCGGUAGACACUGAUGCAUUAAUCCGUUCAUAAAUGCUUUGGAUUCACAAGUCUGAAUACUUGGGGUUUGUAGUUCAGGAGGAGAGGCAACAGGACUUUUGUGGGUGACUGUACAUGUGCAGCAGUAUGACUGAGUGUGAGAUAGAUUUUAAUAUAAUUAAUGAUAGUAAAUAACAAAUUAAGCAUGUGAACUUUUAUAUUUUAUACAUCUGUUAUGUAACCAACAAAUGUUCUGUGUUAAAGAUAAGGUUCAUUUGUUACUGAAAAAUAAAAUUACUAAAAUAACUAAUAAAUGAAAAUAAUAA